AUGUCAGCGCGGCACUCAAUACCAAGCUCCAAUCGUUCAAACCUUGAAAAGCUCCGCAAGCGCGUAUGCAAGGCCUGCGAUCGGUGUCGCUCAAAGAAAACCAAGUGUGACGGACUAAACCCGUGUUCACGCUGUCGGGCAGAUAAUACCGUUUGCUGCUUUGGACAUCGCAAAAAGUCUCAUGAAAAGGUGUACCCGAAGGGAUAUGCAGAUAUGCUUGAACAACAACAAAUUUGGCUAGUACAUGGCCUCCAGGAACUUUACCGACGAGCCACAAAGGGUGAAGGCUGGUCCGGAGCACCGUUGAAGCUCGAGCCUAACGGUCUGCCACUUACCCACGAUCUGCUCACUCGAAUCGGUGUUCUUGAUGAUUCCGGGAGUGGACCUUUGGGUGAUCAGGCUGAUAUCGUGGCCCGCCACAAGUCCCCCGAUACAGAGAUUUUUGAGCGUCUUUCACAUACAACUUACUCGGGUGUUUCGCCUGACUAUCUUCCUGGGCACUUGAUAUCUCCAACACUCUCAGUUUCCAAUAAAACCCCCUCCGCGCUCAUUGCCCAAAAAUCGGAGCCUGAGUCACAGAAUCUCCAGUAUGAGCUAUUAGAACCCGGCGCCGCCGACCUGCUUCCCUUUGAAGGAAUGCCACAGUGGCCGACUGAUGGACUCGGUAUAUUUGAUGACGACACAGACCUGUUAAUCGCUCCUGGUUUGUCAAGUUUGUUCUCCAGUGGUCAAUUUCCAUAUUAUGAUGAUUCGAAUAUAUUUCUUGGCACAAAUUAG